AACAGACCCAUUUGGGAUAUUAUGAAUUCAGCGGAAAAAAGGAAGGAUAUGAGGAGGGUAGGCGGUGAAGCUGCCGGUUCAUGGCGUUUUGCGUUGUUGGUGUUCAUAAUCCUGAUUUCAGGCACCGUCGUCGCCGGAGGUUCGCUGGACACGGACAGAGAGUCGCUGUUCAGUCUGAAAUUAUCCCUCGAAAAGCAGAACCCAGUGAAUCGAGGGAGAUACUCGGAAUGGAAUCGAACUACUUCCAAUCCAUGCUACUGGUACGGAAUCUCGUGCUCGGAAAAUGGGACUAGGGUCAUCGGAGUACGCCUCUCGGAAAGCAAUAUCUCCGGUGAAAUGUUCAAAAGUUUCUCGUCUUUGUCUCGGCUUCAGUACCUCGACCUCUCAAAGAACACAAUAAAUGGAGCAAUUCCUGAUGACUUGAACGGAUGCCACAACCUCGUGUACCUCAACCUGUCUCAUAAUCUCCUUGUAGGAGAGCUGAAUUUGUCCGGAUUGACUAAACUGGAGACCCUUGAUCUAUCCACGAAUAGAAUUGACGGCGAGAUUCAGUUCACUUUUCCUGCAAUUUGUGACAGGCUUGUUGUAGUCAAUCUUUCUGAAAAUAAUUUCACAGGUAGGAUUGAUAAUUGCUUUGACGGGUGCCAUAAUCUGCAAUAUCUGGACUUGAGCUUCAAUCAUUUUGUUGGUGGAUUGUGGACUAGAUUUGGAAGGCUUGUGGAAUUUUCUGUUUCUCAGAAUAAUCUUACUGGUUCAAUUUCUGAAUCAACUUUGUGGGAAAAUUGCAGUCUGCAAGUUUUGGACUUGUCAGAAAACAAUUUCAGUGGUGGGAUUUCAGGGAACAUAUCAAAUUGCAAGAAUUUGGUUGUCUUAAAUUUGUGGGGAAACAAUUUUACAGGGCUGAUUCCAGCAGAAAUAGGGUCCAUUUCCACCCUUGAAGGGCUGUUCUUGGGGAGCAACAAUUUUAAUAAGGUGAUCCCAGAAACCCUUGUGAAUCUGCAUAAUUUGGCCUUUCUGGACUUGAGCAAGAAUGAAUUUGGAGGGGACAUACAAGCGAUUUUUGGGAGAUUCACGCAAGUCAAGUUUCUUGUAUUGCAUGGAAAUUUAUACACGGGAGGGAUAAAUUCUUCGGGUAUCCUUAAACUACCAAAUGUUUCAAGGUUAGACCUGAGCUAUAAUAAUUUCUCUGGUCCUUUACCUGUUGAAAUCUCUCAAAUGCCCAGUUUGAAGCUCUUGAUCCUGGCCUAUAAUCAAUUUGGUGGCUCAAUACCACUGGAGUAUGGAAACAUGAGGCAACUUCAAGCCGUUGACCUCUCCUUCAACAGGCUAACUGGAUCAAUUCCACCCAGCUUUGGAAAAUUGAGCUCUCUCUUAUGGUUGAUGCUCGCAAACAAUUCACUUACUGGAGAAAUUCCACCUGAGAUUGGAAAUUGCAGUAGCUUACUAUGGGUGAAUCUCGCUUACAACCAACUUUCUGGGGGAAUACCUCCUCAGGUGACAAAUAUUGGGAAAAAUGCUGCUUCAACAUUUUUAUUAAAUCAGAAAAAUAAUGACAGGAUAAUUGCUGGCUCUGGGGAAUGCCUGGCGAUGAGAAGAUGGAUACCAGCAGACUACCCACCUUUCAGCUUUGCGUAUACAAUUCUCACAAGGAAGAGUUGCAGAAGCAUAUGGGAUCGUCUACUUAAAGGGGUAGGGGUUGGCCUUUUCCCAGUUUGUGCUGCAGGUUCUGUGGUUAGGACAUAUCAAAUCUCAGGUUAUCUCCAAUUAUGUGGGAAUAAGUUUUCUGGGGUGCUCCCUUCAGAUAUUGGUAAGAUGCAGAACUUCAGUAUGUUGCAUUUGGGUUUCAAUGACUUCUAUGGAGAGCUGCCUGCACAGAUUGGACAGUUGUCACUUGUUGUGCUAAACAUUUCCAGCAAUUAUUUUUCCGGCCAAAUUCCAGCGGAAAUUGCCAAUAUCAAAUGUCUACAGAAUCUUGACAUGUCAUACAACAACUUUUCAGGCUCAUUUCCAGAAAGCUUGGGCAGACUAAAUGAUCUCAGCAAGUUCAACAUCUCAUACAAUCCAUUCAUAUCAGGCAUAAUUCCAAAAACUGGGCAGUUUUUAACAUUUGAGAAAGAUUCCUACCUGGGAGAUCCUUUAUUGCGACUUCCGGAGUUUAUAGACAAGACGACAAAUAAUGCUUCAGAUGGAGAACCUCAUAGGAAGCAGAGGUCUAGGAAGCUUGUCCUGUUAUUGGUGUUCUUGUUUCUUACACUGGUCUUCCUAAUAUUAGGUGUAUUGUCACUCAUAGUCCGCAAAUUGGUGAAAACCCCAGAAGGUCCAGAAGGAUAUCUUGUGGGGGACUUUAAGUAUAGGCGUGAUCUUGCAUCCAGCUCUAGCGGAUCGUCACCCUGGCUAUCAGAUACAGUUAAGAUCAUCCGUUUAGACAAAACAGCUUUUACCCAUGCUGAUAUUUUGAAGGCUACAGGUAACUUCUCUGAGAAUCGAGUAAUCGGAAAGGGAGGAUUUGGAACAGUGUACAAAGGAGUAUUGCCUGACGGAAGAGAAGUUGCAGUGAAGAAGCUACAACGACAAGGAACUGAUGGUGAAAAGGAAUUCCAGGCUGAGAUGGAGGUUCUAAGUGGAAAUGGCUUUGGUUGGCCUCAUCCAAACCUUGUGACACUCUAUGGAUGGUGCUUUGAUGGCUUGGACAAAAUAUUGGUCUAUGAGUACAUGCAAGGAGGGAGCUUGGAGGAUCUUGUGACAGACAGAACGAAGCUAACAUGGAGAAGAAGAAUUGAAGUAGCAAUUGAUGUUGCAAAUGCUUUAGUCUUUCUACAUCAUGAAUGCUACCCUUCCAUUGUUCACAGGGAUGUCAAGGCAAGCAAUGUCCUUCUGGAUAAAGAUGGACGGGCAAGAGUCACAGAUUUUGGCCUUGCAAGGGUUGUCGAUGCUGGAGAUAGCCAUGUGAGCACAAUGGUAGCUGGAACAGUUGGCUAUGUAGCACCCGAAUACGGGCAAACAUGGCGAGCUACUACAAGGGGUGAUGUGUACAGUUAUGGAGUUUUGGCAAUGGAAUUGGCAACAGGGCGACGUGCUCUGGAUGGAGGGGAAGAAUGCUUGGUGGAAUGGGCAAGACGAGUGAUGGGAAAUGGGAGACAAGAUGGAUCAGGUAGAGCUGUGAUAUCGGUUCUACUUUUAGGGUCUGGGCAGACUGAGGGAGCAGAGGAGUUAUGUGAACUGCUCCAGAUUGGGGUGCGGUGCACGGUAGAGGCACCACAUUCUAGGCCAAACAUGAAAGAGGUGCUAGCAAUGCUGUUCAAGAUCACUUGCAGAAGGGAAGAUUUCAGCUAUGGUGUCCUCUGAAGGAGGGUUGAAUUGAAUUCAGAAAAAGUCGAUAUGUUUACAGUAUUAGAUAGUUUCCACGCUUACAUGUCUAAUAACAUAAGGUUUUUACUGCCAUGAUUCUUCGUGUACACAGAAUCUUGACUAUUCGCAAUAUUGAGGCUGAAUUUUACCCAAUUUAUUCAAGCUCAUAGAAAUCUCUCUAAUCUUUUUGUAUUUAUCUUUCGUCUGUUCUUGCAUCUUACACUCCAGAGAAGAAAAAAAAAUUGUUCUU